GAUCUAGUAGAAACAAGCGAUAGUCACUUCAACCGGUGAAAUUGACACUGUCGCUCAGUCGUAUCUAAAAUUGUACAGAAGUAUUUUCACUGUCAACCGCAAUGUUCAGCGUCAGCAAGAACUUGUUUCAUGCCGUGGUCGCAGCCACUGCAACUAUCCAUUCUGUGUUUGCCUCGCCCCUUCUCGAAAAGAGCAUCAUCAACGGAGUCGAGUCACAACCCGGCCAGUUUCCCUAUUUUGUUUAUUUUGGUGAAGGCUGCAUUGGCUCAUCUCAUGGCGGGCCUAACAGCCCGCCUGCAGGAUGCUCUGGCUCGCUCAUUGCGCCCGAUAUCGUCCUAACCGCAGGCCAUGGCGGGAACCUCACAAACGUCCUGAUUUCAGUAGGUGCCACCAAGCAACAUAUGAGCGAUGACAGCGGCGCCCAGAUUCGCACGUGUGAAGAAUGGGUCCGACAUCCGGGAUUCGGUGACUUCAACAACGAUUUCGCUCUCUGUAAACUCAACGAAACCGCAAUCAUCGACGAAUCAUUUGUCAGGCUAGAACUGAACGACGAUGCAUCUUCCCCGCCCGAUGGAACCGACCUCAUUGCCAUGGGACUAGGGGUGAUCGACAAUGACUUGAAUUUUGCGAAGGUUCUGCGCAAUGUCACUAUUCCAACAAGAAGCCUUGAGACCUGCCAAAAUGUUUAUGAAAAAUAUAUCGAGAUUCUUCCCGAAACGAUGCUGUGUCUCGAAUACAACACCGGCACCAAUAUGGCAACCUGUUUCGCCGAUAACGGUGCUCCAGUUGUAAAACGAGUCUAUCAGGGUGACGGAAGCUUUGUUGACAUCCAUUACGGCCUUGCCAGCUUGGGCUUACACAGUGAUGUGAGUGUGUGCAGCGAUGAUAUUCUAGCCCGAACCAGUGGGGCCAUUGAUUGGAUCAAGUCCACGUCGUGCGACACGCUGAACAGCGUUGGUUCCUUUUGCAAGAAAAAAACUCCAAAGAAGACAAAAGCUCCUAAGCACACAAAAGCUUCCAAGCGCACAAAAGCUCCGAAACGAUCAUAACAUUUCGGCAAGAGUCUUCAUGGAGGAGAAAGUCUUUGAGGUGCGCAAAAUGGUUGUCAAGAAGGAGGAGUGUUCGUGAGACCUCAAAGGUCGGUCUAAAUUUUGUAAAUUGUGAAUUAAGUGUUAUUUGUACG